CUUGAUCCCAUCCGCCUCGACCGGGCAGUCUACCAAAGAGUACGGUCUGAAGCAUAUUGGUUCAGACAGGAGAAGCUGGUUAUGCAUCCAGAAUGGCGCCAUAUAUUACCUGCCACUUCACGCCAGGCACUUCUCUUGUAGGUUGCUGCCGCGAAUGCCCUGUUCAAAACACACUGGUCUUCUCGGGCGCCACACGAGGCACAGAAACAGAUCUCGGCGUUAAAGCGACUUGACUGGAGAGACACGGAAAACUGCCGUCCGGUCGCAGUCACUUGUGUGUGUUCAUUCGCUGUGGCGGCGACUAAAGCACUGAGAGUGCCUGGUGCUCCCGUGGUAGCACCCAUUGCUUGCUAACAACGCCAGUGACACGUUCGGCAGGGUCGCUCGUUUCAACACUGACGAGCCUGGGUCUGAAGUUGCAUAGGAUCCCAUGCUUUCGAUCAUUCGAUUUUCUCGGUUUCUUUUUCUCAUUUCUCUUUGAUGGUCCCCUGAAAAGCCCCUGGGAGGUUCCAGACUUGGGAAAGCCUCAGUCCCUGGUCCAUACAACUCUACGUCACUUCAGUCUGUGCCCCCAAACACUCUGUCGAGUCAUUUCUUCUGCUUGUUCAUUCUGUUGCCCUCUUUCCUCUUUUCAUCUACUGAGUUAACACACUUUGGGUCGUUUUUGCCAUUGAGGCUUCCGUUCUCGGGUAGGUGAAAGAGAAACAAGCCGCCAGGUGCAGGCAUUCGUAGUACAGGCUCAUACCAUUACAUUCUUUCACAGACAAUCUUGUUAUCAUUCUCGUCUCUCACUCACUUAAUACUCGUGUCUCUCGAUCAGUUCAGCAGGCUCUGACUCCCGAGGACCAAUCCAUCAGAAUUCAACAACUAUUUCGCAACUUGCUUGAGUGGAACGGAAAGACGAAACCUCCUACCAGGGGGUCUACGACGACAUACAUCUGAAGGGCUGAGAAGGGAGUGAAAUUGUCAAGUUCGACGGAGACAAGGGUUGGAAUACGAACAUCACACACAAAUAUUGCGACGACAACGAAAGCAAAACACCCAAGAUGAGUUACGGAGGGUACGACCUGUACAGGUCGAACACGGAUUCGUCGAUCGAAAAGCCGUCAGAGAGGUCAAGAUGGACGCCACUUACUCGCAUGCUACUGUCGGGUGAAAUGACGCAGGAAAGGCAAAAGGAGCUGAGUCCAAGGGAAAAGUUCGACCGAUGGAUGGUCAACGAAGGCUAUCGACGAAUCUUCGUCUUCGUCUUUAUGGUGCUCCACGCCAUCGUCUUUGCCUUUGGCUUCGUUAACUACGCCGUCAAAGACAACCUACAAAUAGCGCGGGAUACGUUUGGACCGACAUAUAUGAUUGCAAGAUCGGCAGCGCUGGUUCUGCACGUCGAUGUUGCCCUGGUCCUUUUCCCCGUCUGCCGAACGCUCAUCUCGCUCGCAAGACAGACUCCUCUGAACGGCAUCAUCCAAUUCGACAAGAACAUUACCUUCCACAUCACGACAGCAUGGUCCAUCUUCUUCUGGUCGUGGGUGCACACCAUUGCCCACUGGAACAACUUUGCCCAGAUUGCAGCCAAGAACAACCUCGGUAUCUACGGCUGGCUGUUGGCCAACUUUGUCUCGGGCCCCGGUUGGACUGGCUAUAUCAUGUUGAUCGCGCUGACAGGUAUGGUGAUCACUUCGGUCGAAAAGACAAGACGGGCGAACUACGAGCGGUUCUGGUACACACACCACAUGUUCAUCAUCUUCUUCUUUUUCUGGUCCAUCCACGGUGCCUUCUGCAUGAUCCAGCCCGACUUUGCGCCUUUCUGCAUUUCCGUCGGCACCACGGCCAUCGGUGUGUUCUGGCAGUACUGGAUGUACGGAGGAUUUGCCUAUCUCGCCGAGCGCAUUGCCCGCGAGGUCCGUGGCAAGCACAAGACGUACAUCUCCAAGGUUGUCCAGCACCCCAGCAACGUGUGCGAGAUCCAGAUCAAGAAGGAGAACACCAAGACCCGCGCCGGCCAGUACAUCUUCUUUUGCUGCCCGGCUGUAUCCCUGUGGCAGUACCAUCCCUUCACCCUCACGAGCGCGCCAGAGGAGGACUACAUCUCGAUCCACGUACGUGUCGUUGGUGAUUUUACCAGGCAACUUGCCGAGACUUUGGGGUGCGAAUUCGACAACAAGAAGAAGGGAGACACGUCCAAGGUCGUUGGCGUCAGCCAGGAGAACGACGAAGUUGAUCCCGCUCUCCGCCGUGUUCUUCCCCGUGUGUACGUCGAUGGACCGUUCGGCUCCGCCUCCGAAGACGUGUUCAAGUACGAGGUGUCCGUCCUGGUCGGCGCCGGUAUCGGCGUGACCCCCUUCGCCUCCAUCCUCAAGUCGAUCUGGUAUCGCAUGAACUACCCGCAACAAAAGACGCGGCUGAGCAAGGUGUACUUCUUCUGGGUCUGCAGAGAUUUCGGCUCGUUCGAGUGGUUCCGCUCUCUGUUGUUGGCUAUCGAGGCCCAAGAUGUCGACCACCGCAUCGAGAUCCACACGUACCUGACGGCCAAGAUCAAGAUUGACGAUGCGACCAACAUCAUGAUCAAUGAUGCCAACGCCGAUAAGGAUACCAUUACUGGCUUGAGGUCGCCGACGAACUUUGGCCGUCCGAACUGGGAUAUGAUCUUUAGGGGUAUCAGGAAAUUGCAUGCUCCGGGCGAGGCUGGCGUGUUCUUCUGCGGUCCCAAGGGACUGGGCAGCUCGCUGCACAUCUUUUGCAACAAGUAUAGUGAGCCUGGUUUCCACUUUGUUUGGGGCAAGGAGAACUUCUAAGACUUCACCCUGGUUUCUGUCCCCCUUACCCUGUUCACUCAAUAACCUCAGUAUGAGGCACGAUCUACUAAAUCAUUUCUGCCUUUUAUGCCAUAGUAUAUGAGCAUGUUUGGACGGCGAUGACUGCGAAAUUUGCUCGUUACCUGUUUCACCUCUUUAUGUGCCAGUUAUACCAAUUAUUGUUUCCAGGUAAUGGAGAAGCUCGAGGUAUUUAGGAAAUUUGUUCAAGACGUUAUGUUGUCAAGAAACCAUAAGAUAUUUGUGUUCCUUUGCAAUCAAAUUGAAAUCGCAUCAGAAAGUGUCCUCCUUGGAAGAAACACAAGCAUGAAGAAGAAGACACAACUUGAUCUUUCAAC